GAAAAUUUUGUAACUCAAAUAGGAGGCACUGAUGCAAAAAACUUUGUGAAACGUAUAUUUCAAAGACUCUUUUCAAAUGAAUUGUCGUCCAAGUGUUCCUGGACUGGUUUCCGUAACAAUUUCAAACUUGAAAACCUUACAAUUGUGGCCAUAAUAAAAGGUGUAUUAUUAUCUAUGAAUUUUGUAAAUCAUAAUUAUUAUUUAAAUGAUUUCUAGGUGUAUGCAGAGAUAAUUUUAAAAUUUCUGAUAUAGAGUUUGAAACUCUUGUCAAACAUUGGUUUCGCCAUGGAGCUCAACGUUUGGCUCGGGAUCAGUUGCUGUGCAAAAAUAAAUAGUUUACAAUUAAUUAAGAAAAGGAAACCUCUCCACUGCAUGUCCAAGAGGAACUUCCAACGAUAUUUAGAAACCAAAAAGAAAUUAAAUUGUAUAAAGGAUCCAAUGUUGUCAAAUAAUGUAAGAAUCAAUAAAUCUUUCAAUAAUUUAACUUCUCAGGAAUCUCAGCCUUCAUUAACUAGUUCCUGUACUGAAACGACCAAUAACAUUACAUUAUAUCCUACACCAAUUGAUUUACAAUUUUCGGAUGAUAUAAAUAAUGUUAAUAAUGAUGCUGCUAAUACCCCUAAAACUAUAUUAAAUAAAAAUAAUGUUACCCUUAAAGAUAAAUUAUGUAAACUUAUAUCAGAUUAUCAUAUAUCUCAUAAUUGUGUCAAUGAACUUUUACAAAUUUUGAGAUCUGAAGGUCUUGACUUGCCAAAAGAUGUUAGAACUUUACUAAAAACUCCAAAAACUCACGAAAUUAUUAAUGUAUAUCCUGGAUCUUACAUCCAUAUUGGAGUAGAGUAUAUGGUAUCACCUAUUUUGGUUGCUUAUUUUGAUAAAUUAAAAUGUACUAAUCUAAUACAAUUAAGUAUUAAUAUUGAUGGCUUACCAAUCACCAAAAACUCCAAGUCUACCUUAUGGCCAAUAUUAAUUUCUUUUGUUAACAUAGUCGAUUUAAAACAUAUUGUUUUGCCAGUAGGCAUAUACCAUGGGAAAUUUAAAAAACCUGAUUCAAUUUUUGAUUUUUUAAAUAAUUUCAUGGUGGAAAUGAAAAAUAUUUUAACUCAUGGAUUAUGUGUAAAUAAUGUAACAUUUAAAUUUGAAAUAAGUCAAGUAGUGUGUGACGCACCUGCGAAAGCAUUCAUUUUAAACGUUAAAUCUCAUAAUGCAUAUAAUAGUUGCAAUUCUUGCAUUGAAGAAGGUGAAUUUAUCAAUAACAGAAUGUCAUAUUUAGGUAUUUCGGCCGCUUUAAGAACUGACGAAUCAUUUAAAAAUAAAAAAGAUGAAAAUUAUCACAAAGGUGAAUCCCCAUUAGAAAGUUUUCCAAUAAAUAUAAUAUCUACUGUUGUUAUGGAUUAUAUGCAUAACGUUUGUCUGGGGGUGAUGAAAAGAAUGUUAUUAUUUUGGGUAAAAGGUAAAAAGCCAGUUAGAUUUCUUAAUAAUAAUAUAGAAUUAGAAAUAUCUAAUCAAUUGAUAGAAUUUAAACCAUUCUUUCCAUCUGAGUUCAAUAGAUUGCCUAGAAGUUUAGAAGAAUUAGAAUACUGGAAGGCAACAGAGUUCCGUUCUUUUUUAUUGUACACAGGUCCAAUAGUAUUAAAAGGGAGACUACAAAAAAAUUUUUAUCAACAUUUUAUGUUGCUUCACUGUGGAAUUCGGCUUUUAUUAAAUUCAGAAACAUGUAUAAUUUAUAAUGAUUUAGCUAAUGAUAUAUUAAAACAGUUUGUAACUCAAUAUCCUAACCUUUAUGGAAAUGAGUAUGUAACAUAUAAUGUACAUGGUUUGAUACAUUUGUCUGACUUUGUAAAAAUACACGGUUCACUGGAAAAUUUUAGUGCUUUCAAGUAUGAAAAUUGUUUGCAAAUUAUGAAAAAAACUGUGAAAAAUUCAAAGUAUCCGCUUCAAGAUGUGUAUAAUAGAAUUGUUGAACAAUAUUCUCAAGUACAAUUAUUACCUACUUACCCAAUUUUAAAAAAUCAGAUUGAUUACAAUCCACUAAUUCAUAAUGACCCUACUGUGACAUUAUAUAAAGAACUCAUAACUUCCAAUUUUACUAUAGCUCAAUUCAAAGCAGUGUUUAUGUUAUUGCAACAUACUGUAUAA